AUGGCGGCAUCCAAUAUCCUCAUCUACCUGCUCCGGCAUGAUCUUCGCAUUGCGGACAAUCCUAUCCUCCACCAUCUCACAACCGCGUCUGAUCACGGCUUCACACACGUCCUCCCUGUCUACGUAUUCCCGGCACAUCAGAUCGAAAUUUCCGGCCUCUUGCGCGAAGGGGGCAAGUCUCCCUACCCAGAAGCUCGCAGCGAGAUUGGCAAGUUCUGGCGGUGUGGACCUCAUCGAACAAAGUUCAUUGCCCAAUCUGUAUGGAACGUCAAAGAUUCUCUGGAAGGCGUGGGAAGUGGCAUGGCUCUACGUGCAGGCAGGUUUGGUGACGUCGUUGGCGACCUUCUCCAAGGAUUUGCGGACAAGCGCCUAAAGGUUGGCGCAGUCUGGAUGGUCGAGGAGGAAGCCAUUGAAGAGAAGAAGGACGAGAAGGCAGUGGCCAAAGCCUGCGAAAAGCACGGGGUCCAGUUCAAGACUUGGCUGGACGAGAAGUACUUCAUCGACGAUCGCGACCUGGGCUUUAAAGCUCCCAGCGAUCUUGCAGACGUCUUCACAGCCUUCAGAAAAACCCAGGAGCCGCUCCGCGAGAAACCAAGGCCUGCACUGUCACGCCCUGCGAAGGGUUCCCUCCCACCCUAUCCUGAGCAGUCCGUCAUUCCUCCCCAGCAAGCACCAUUCGAGAUUCCAUCCACCUACGAUGCUCUAGAGGCAGGUCUUCUCAAGCCAUUGAAGUGUCCGUUCGAGCAAGAGCCCAAAUUCCCUGAGAAAGCCACCUCUGUUCAUCCUUUCAGUGGUGGCGAGGAUGUUGGCAUCGAGCGUCUUGACCAUCUCGUCAAGACUGGAUCCAUGUCUAGCUACAAGGAUACUCGCAAUGGUCUCCUCGGAGUUGACUUUAGCACCAAGCUGUCAGCCUAUCUUUCACUUGGAUGCUUGACGUCUCGCCAAAUCCAUGAGGCCAUGGUUAAGUUUGAGGAUGGACAAGACGCAAAAUACAACGAUACGCCCGGGUACGGCAAGGGAGAAAACGACGGAACCAAGGCUGUGCGGUUCGAACUCCUCUGGCGCGACUACAUGCGACUUUGCACAAAGAAGUUUAGAGGACAGCUCUUCCACGUCACUGGCUUCAAGGCCGACAAGACACCCAAGUGGAAGUCAGCAGAUCCUGAGCAUGUGGUUUCUGACGAUAACCUCGGUGCAUCGCCCGACGAUAUCCAAAAGACACUGAACAGGUUCCUCGAGGGAACUACUGGCAUGGGUCUGAUCGACGCUUCGCAACGCGAACUUUACCACACUGGUUACACUUCUAACAGAGCUCGCCAGAACGUGGCUUCGUUCUUAAGUAAGCAUCUUGGUAUCGACUGGCGGUACGGAGCCGAAUGGUACGAGUACCUUCUCGUCGACUACGACGUGAGCUCAAAUUGGUCCAACUGGCAGUACGUCGCUGGUGUCGGCAAUGACCCUCGUGGCGACAACAGAAUCUUCAACCCUGUCAAACAAGCCUUUGACUACGACAAGGACGGAGAAUAUGUCAAAGCUUGGGUAGUUGAAACUCGUAAAGUUGAAAAGUUGGAGAAUGUGUUCCAACUAUGCACCACACCCGCGGAUGAGUUGGAACGUCUUGGUCUGAACAACAACAUUAUGGUCACAGAUCCUAUCAAGAAGAUCGACUUCUCGGUAGAAGGGAAACCCAAAACUGGCAGACGGCAGUAUAACAACCGCCGACGAGGCCGAGGCAAUUCUCACCAGAGCAAUGGGUCUAACGGUGGACCGGCCAGGGGACCUCCACCGGGAUCGGGUAGCUCCAACGGUGGUUAUGGCCACUCCAACGGUGCUGCUUCAGACCAAGGUUCGACAGGUCACUCUUCAUCUAGAUCUCCACCCAACGGCCCUCAGGGAUACCGUACCAACGGAGGAAACGGAGGGUACCGUGGCGACUUCCGUGGUGGCUAUCGUGGCGGACGCGGUGGUCGAGGUGGAGGCGGUGGGAGCGGGGGCGGGAGUGGAGGUGGCUACCGUGGCGGUCGAGGAAUAUUCAGUGGUGGCAGGGGAGGGGGCUUCAACACAUACUACAUGCCGAGCUCUCAUCCCAACAAUCAGCCUCGUCCGCAAUGGACAACUGCAACCUCUGGUCCUCAGACGUAG